CGAACCCCCGCUGUUGUUGCAGGGCAUUAAAAGUAAUCUGAAAAACUUUGAGCUUGCAGCUGAUUUUUCAUCCGUCGAUUUUGUUUUAACACGUGCCGCAUACUCUAUUAAUUACCAAUAAUUAUUUCAGUAAAAGCACUAUAGCUAACAACACACCUCUUGGUGUUGAGACUUUUUGAACCUUUGUGAAAAAAUUUAAAGCUAUAGCUGACUCGUGUUAUAUGUAAUACUAGUAGCACUUGAAGAAAAAAAAAGUAUGAACAUACCCAGUUUAUGUAGGUAUAUAGGUGUAUGCAAGUGAAUGCUACGUGCCUCUCGUUUUAUCGUGCUACAGCCAAGUGUUAGUGCUAUAAACGUUGAUGCGUGUGAGUGACAAAGAAAAACUGGUUUUUAGUGGAAUUGGUGGAAUGGUGGAGUUUUUGUACAUAUGUAUAAGUGGUUCGAGUAGUUUCUCCCGUUGCUUGAUAAAUACAGAUGGUUGAGUGGUUCGAUCGCCAGGAGUAUCAGUUAAAAAAAACCGGAGGAAUAGUAUCCAUAUCCUGAUCCACCGUUCUCUGAUCCAAAUGUCAAUUAAAUACAACUGAUCAUGGCACUGUCACGUAUCGGCGCGUCUGGCGAUCUCACGGCCCUUUUCGCGAGAUCGUCCUAUGCAGCCUCAUCCAAGCUCCAUGGAGUGAAGAGCGAUCGAGCCAGGCCGGGCAAGCUCCUGCACGCGAGUACAGUCCGUCAGUACCCGGAAGCGCCUCGGCUGACCCUGCCCUGCAACGUCUCCGAGAUCUUCAACACCGAGACGAGUCGCUUCGCUCCUGAACGAACCCGCGACAUCGCGGCGCCGGUGUUCCUGUUCAACUCGAAAAUCAAUAAUCAGUCUUGGAGCUACUUCGCCAUCAGGAACAAGCAUCAGGACUCGCACGUCGAUUCUUACGACUGCUUCGGCACCGUCAGCUUGAACGGGGCCAUGCAGACCAACGUGCCCAAGCCGUUCUGCUCGGCUGGCAAGGCGACCUAUCUGAACAUGCCUGGUGGGCAGUGGUCGAGGGACGGCAAGUACCUGGCCGAGGACAUGGCCAAGUCGCACUUCUGCGUCCACAAGAUGCGACACUUCAAGAGAUCGGGCAUACUCGACGGUGCAAUCUCCGAUUCGCUAACGAUCCGCGGCUACGCGACGUCAACUAGGGGUACCAGCCGCAACGGAGCGACCGACGCAAAGCAGGUCUCGACAUCGAAAACUGGUUCGGACGGCGCAAAGCCGGGAAAAAUCGAUCAGAAAAGUUGGUUGAAGAUGUCCAAGGCGGAGAGGCUCAACAUCAUCAUCAGGGAUUACGGGAGGACGGUGAUCGUUUUCCACGUCGGCAUAUCCCUCGUGUCGCUCGGUAUCUUCUACGGGCUCGUGUCUAGUGGCCUGGAUCUGUCGCCAAUGAUCGAAACGGUGUCCUCGUUCAUGGGGAGCGGUGAAGUCAACAGCCUCGACACGAACGACAGCGACAAGCUCGCCAUGAAGAUCAUGAACGAGGGCUCGACUUUUCUGAUCGCCUACGCCAUCCACAAGCUUUUCGCGCCCGUGCGCAUCUCGACGACGCUCAUCUGCACGCCCUUGAUCGUCAAGUAUCUCAGGAAAAAGGGUGUCCUGAAGCCACCCAAGAGCGCAACUGCCAGCUGAGCCGGUUUCGGAUUCCCCAUGGCCUUACCAUCAUCGAGCUCUUCGCGUGUGUGAAGGCGUUCUGCGCGCGCGGAAGUUUCUUUCUUUUUUUUUUUUUUUUUUCAUUUUUUGCGUUGGGUGUUGUGAUAGAGGCGUGCCUCGUUAAUUUUGCCGAGGUGUGGUUUGGCAAUUUGUGAAUGUUCUUUUUUUUCGGAUGAACGAUUCGUGGUGCGAGAGUUCAAUGAUCGAGUAGCUUUGUAAUAUUUUAAGCUCAACUGUUGAGUCUUGGGAAUUUUUGUGUUGUAUAAGCGCGUGUAACAAAAUGAGACUGUUGUUUCACCUUUUUUCUAUCAGAAAGAGGGAUUGUACUUGGGUUUGUGAACCAACAUCUUGUAAAAAUUUCGUAUUAUGUACAAUUGAAUUAAUAAAAGAUGUAAAAUUGA